CCCUCGGCGUGACUGGGCAGGCGGCGGCGGCGAUGGCGGAGCCCGACGACUGGGACUCGGUGGAUUUCGGAACGCAGGAGGAGUCGCUGAGGAAGCCGGUGAUCGUGGACCGAUGGGAAGGCGAGGACGAGGAUGAGGACGUGAAGGACAACUGGGAUGAUGAGGAGGAGGAAAAGAAGCCACCAAUUAAGCCAGAAGCCAAGGUUUCAGAAAAGAAGAAAUUAAGUGACAGGAUUAAAGAGAAGGAGGAAAAGGAGAGGCAGCUAAAGAAGAAACAUGUGGCGCUAAAAAAUUCAUUAAAAGCGCAGGAACCAGCAGAGCUCUCGACAGAGGAACAGCUAGCAGAGAAACUUCGACUAGCGAAGCUACAGGAGCAGGCAGACUUGGAAGUUGCGAAGGACACAUUUGGCAUGAACAAUGUAACGCAGUUUGGAAUUGACUCCAUGUGCCCGUCUACUAGAGAAGACUUUGCAGAAUUUGGAAAGCUCUUGAAGGAAAAGAUUACACAGUUUGAAAAAUCUAUAUAUUACGUGGACUUCUUGGAAAACUUACUGAGAGAUAUUAGCAUUUCAUUGGAAGCUGAUGACUUGAAAAAACUGAACAACUCUUUGACGACAUUGUGUAGUGAAAAGCAGAAACAAGAAAAGCAAAACAAAGGCAAAAAGAAGAAGAAGGCCCCUGUGCUUGCGGGUGGAUUUAAGGCAAAUCUGAAGGAUGAUCUUGAUGACUAUGGUUACACGCAGGAGUAUGACGACUUCAUGUGAUCGUGUCCUCAUGACCCAGGCUUCUUCCAGCAUGUUUUUUGUAGACAGCCUCCUGCUGCUGGUUUGUCCUUGAGCUGCACAGAAUCCUUGCGUUGUUAUGGAACUAGCUAGGACACUGGAUGCCCCAUGAUAACAUCAACAGGUUUUAUUACUGGUACCAUAAUUACGCAUUGUUACUGUCGGUGACAACACUCACAUAGCACUGUGGAGAAAGUA